AUGUCCUUACUUUUACCUUUUUAUCUAUUCUUCUUUUAUAUAACGCGAUAUGUGUCAGCUAAUUUAUUAGCGCCAAAUGAGGACCCUAAUGCCAUUGAUAAAUACACCAUAGACUAUAUGUCACCAUGUAGAUGGGAUUCGUUAUUUCCGGACAAAUCAGCAGGGGUAAACAAUGGAACUUUUUUGGAAUUUGGAGAGGAUACGUUAUGCUUCAUAGAAGAUAACAAAAAAAAAUCAGAUUCUGGAGAUGUAGAUCAGGAUUCUAAAUCUUUACAAGAUGCAUUACAAAAUACUCUAGAUAAAGCUGUGAAUGUACUUUCGGACAUCCUUGAUGGAUAUUGCAUUAUCUAUAACAAUGGGUUUUGGACUUAUAGAUAUUGUCCAGGGAAUGAAAUAGUACAAUUACAUAAUGAUAGUUCUGACCCUCAAACAUUACUAUACACUUUAGGUAAAGCUAAGCCAGACAUUAAGAACCGUGAAUUCCAGCUAUUAUAUAAUGAAUUAGGUUACUAUGUUAGUGAAUUUGUUGGUAUGGGUGAUAUUUGUGAUGUUACUGGUGCACAUAGAUUAGUUGAAGUUCAAUAUGUAUGUGGAGAGACCCAUGGUAUUGCUACGAUCCAAUGGAUAAGAGAAACUAAAAUUUGUCAAUAUGAGAUGCAAAUAUCGGUACCUGAAUUGUGUGAUUUAGAAUUAUUAUCGAAAAAUGAGGAUAAGAAAACUGCAAAUCAUUUAAAAUGUGUAAGGUAUGAUGAUCAAUAUGGGAAGACUGAUAAAAAUAUGAUUGAUUUAUUGGCAGAAUAUGAUCCAACUUUUCUAGGGUAUGGUAUAUAUUUCCUUCAAUCGUUGGAUGAGAAUAAAAGAGAUACAUUAAUGUAUACUAGUGAUGAUCUUUCUGGUGAAAUACCGAAGGAAACGUUCGAUAGAUUUGGUAAAGCAUUCAAUAGAAUGAUCAAUCAAAAAAUGUUAGUUUCCCCAAAUGGUUCACCAGUAGUUAAUGGAGAUAUUUUUACAUGGAUGUCUGAGAUUUUUGAUAUCACGGGUACUGUAAUUUCUAAAUUAUCUAUUCAUGUUUCAGAAAUUGGUAAAGCAGAACUGCAUCUUGAUAAUGAUUUAUUAUUCCCUGAACCAAGUAAUUUUGUUGCUUAUCAAAGUAAAACUCAAAAUUUAGCUUAUUUGUUCCAGAACGAAGUAACUGAGGGCAUUUCUAAUAACAACUACGAUGGAGAUGAUAUCCCUGAUAAUUAUGAACAAUCAUCUGUUAGUGUUACUUUGAAAUUAGCUAAUAACAAAGAUGUAAAGAUUACUGCCACUCGUGAUGGUGAUAAAAGGGUGAUUUCAUUGGAAGCAUUAAAUCCCGAUGCAAAUUUUGAACUUUUAAAUGAUCAAGAUAGAGAGAGAUUAUUGGAUGUUAUCCUAAAUUCCGAAGAAUUGAGCCCUAUCAUGGGACAAUUAGGGAUAGGAGAUUUUGAACUUCAAUCCGCUAGAUUUGAUGAUACUGUCUUAUUCGAGUAUUCAAAUUUAGAUGAUAUAGAUGAAUUGUUAAAUGAAGGAGAAAAUGGCAAUCCAUUUAGUCCAGAUGUCAUACCAUCACUCGAGGAAACUUCAAGUACAGAGACACGUACUCAAGUAAUUUAUGAAACACAUGUCAUAUCUGAAGAGGGUUCGACUGAUCCAUCGGAGGAGAAAAUUGAAUAUAAUAAUGACGAAAUUUCAGAUGACAUUAAAUCUGUAAAUGCAGAUAUCGACGAAACUACGGUUAAUGAUAAAAAAGAUAUAGAACAUGAUGAAUUGUAA